AGCUUAUUUUCAUCGAUCUAAAGGUAUUGCCCUCCUUAAAUAUUAGUAAUCUACACUGCACCUGAGUAUACAAACUCAAAAAUUUUCAGGUUUAUCCUGGGGCACAAAAUGGGUCGAACGUGAUGCACUUAAUAAAGACGACGAUUCCUGGGUCCACGAUUACCAUAUGAAUUAGUGCGACACCGUGAAAAGAAACAGUCACGCUAUCCUAGUCACGAAUACACACCCGCACAUAUCGCAGCUAUCUUUUGUGUGUGGUGUGAAAACGUACGUUUAUGUGUGUGUGUGUGUGUGUGUCUGUCAGCGAUUGUCAAUUAACUUGACGAGCCAUAGCUCACUUUCCUGUCAACGGGUUUCAUGUACACGUGCCAGCGGCUAAGCGUUUGUCCCAACCGGUUCUACAAUUGCCUGACAACAUUAUCAUAUCAUAUAAUAUACAUACAGGGUGACGAGAAAACAGACUCACAUGAACACGUAAAGAAGAAUUCAUACGGAAGGAUUAACCAAGAAAAGGAGUAUCAAAGAAGUUCAGGUUCCCUUAAAAGUCCAGAUACGCACGAGGCAGCCAUAAUUUAUUACAUUCACGACGAUUCGUUUUACGCAGAGCGUUUGUCGCUGCUAAAAAUGACAAUGCGGAUGCCUGUAUCACUUUCGAUAUCCUGAAAAUGGCACGGCCUUGUAUUUAAGCGUCGUAAUAAUGUCAUUAUUAACGUUGAGAAUUUUACGGCCCGUUAAUUUUCGCCACGUUUUUCUUCCGGACAGUGAAUAAAUUAGUUUCAUUGAGCAAGGGAUUGUGCCGUAAACAAAGAGCAACUCUUAAAUAGCAAAUCAAAGAAACCGGUCUUUGAAGAUUUUUAAACUGCAUUAGUUAGCUGUGCAUCGAUGUUAAGAGAGUUUAUGAUGGGCUCAGCGACUUUAUGGUGAUUUGUCUUUUCGAAAUAAUACGCGGUUUUUACUGGAUUUUUGAAUGCUACAAUUUUUACACACUUGUUCGGUGAUUCAGUUACAAUCUGAUAUAGUAUAAUAUCUGUUCGUACUUUUUCGUUAUUUCAUUUUUGAUAUUAUUUGUGUGUUAAAUUAACU